AUGGUGCAUCAUUCUCAAGAUCCAAGGGAACUUCGCUCUGUGGCGAAGAGGACUCUCGAAGAGCCAGAGAAUGGAGGACAGUCGAAAAAGCCGAAAAUCCUGGGUGAUGAACAGGACACCGACCAAAAGGUGGAGUCGAAUUCGAAGACCACACCGAACUCGAACCCGAAGACUACGCCAAUGAAACCGUCAGCUUUACCAAGCAAGGAGGUUGUCGAUUUUGCCGUCACGGGUGUGCAGUUGCCUGUCGAAGUGACAGCCCUUCCCGGAGUCAGUUACUACGGGGUAGAUGUCGACACUGGCGAGAAGGUGGCGGUUGGCACCGUUCCUAUGAAAACACAUUGUGCCGCCACUCUGAGCAAAAUCAAACGGAUUUUGAGCUCCUACAUCCUGAUGCCAUCCUAUCCCACGCUCAGCAAUAUCUUUACUUCCAAUCCCAAAGACUUUCAGCUUAACGUCGUUGGACGUAAUUCUAAAAACAAGAGUUGGCAUAUUGGUACCACUGAAUCUGAUUCCCAUACGGCAACUUUCUAUGUGACUGGACGCAUCCUUCAGAGUAACCUUACACUCGAUGAUGACACCAAAACCAUCAGUAUUCAUAUCAUCGAACGGUUUUGGCCCCAAAUCGCCGCGUUUAUUGCGGAAGUUGCCAAUGUAGACAUUCUUGCGGUACCCAUGAAGGACGGUGGUUUGUGCUUUUCCACUUAUAAAAAAGGAAUCGUGGACUACAAGUCUUCUAAGUGUUUCCCUCGUAAAGGUGACCAUGGUCUGGAUGUAAGAAGCUGGAAAAGUAAUGUACCUGCUUUUGAUGGCUGUGCAAACUUCAGGCUGAAGGAUUAUUUCCUUCUUCCGAAGUUGCGUGGUGGUGAGAUUGCCCAGUACUCGACCGCUGUCAUAAUUUUCACUAUAUCCAAAUUCAAAUUGAAGCAUGGGAUGCGCAUCGGAUUUAAUGUUCAGAGUGUUGUUGCUCUCGUGGACUGGGUUUCUGCUGACUGGACGAAGGAUCUAGAUCCAAAGUGGCACGAGAGCAUGAUGGAUGAGAGUGCGUUGGGAGUCACGCAUGUGGUGGAUUACGACUUCACUCAGGAUGAUGAGGACGAGGGACAGCCGUCGGAUGAAGAUGACAGUGAUGUUGGUGUAUUGUAG